AUGAACGGAAUUGCUCCGGCUCCCGGCCAGUGGCAGGAGGCCCGCCAUACAGACGGCCGUGUUUACUACUACAACACGCAGACGAAGGCUACGCAAUGGACAAAGCCAGAAGAGCUCAUGACGCCGGCGGAGCGCGCUCUUGCCAAUCAGCCGUGGAAAGAGUACACGGCGGAGGGCGGGCGGAAAUACUGGUACAACACGGAGACGAAGCAGAGCUCGUGGGAGAUGCCAGAAGUUUACAAGAACGCGCUUGCGCAAACGCAGCCUCCACCGCGUCCUGCGGCACCACCUCAAACAUUUGUCGCAGGAAGCACGUCGAACUUCCCCGAAUUCUCACAACGCAGGGAUCGCGAUGACCACAACAGGCAAGACAGGCAGGGAGGUUAUGCGCCGAUGGAUUCCAUGCGCAGUGCUGCUUUGCCCUCCCAGAACGAACCAGACUUUUCGACUUACGAAGAAGCCGAAUCCGCAUUCAUGAAGUUGCUGAGGCGAUGCAAUGUUCAGCCAGACUGGACCUGGGAGCAGACAAUGCGCGCGACGAUCAAGGACCCGCAGUACCGAGCGCUGAAAGACCCUAAGGACCGCAAGACUGCGUUCGAGAAAUACGUCCAAGAGGUUCGAUUGCAGGAAAAGGACAAGGAGAAGGAAAGGCUCGCCAAAGUCCGCGCCGACUUUACUUCGAUGCUAAGAAGUCAUCCAGAGAUCAAGCACUACACUCGGUGGAAGACCGCGCAGCCUAUCAUCGAGAGAGAGACUAUCUACCGGUCGGCCAGGAGCGACGAUGAGAGGCGCCAGCUGUUUGAGGAGUACAUCAUCGAGCUGAAGAAAGCACACAAGGAGCGAGACACUGCGAACCGCACGCAGGCUCUGGACCAGCUCACAACUCUGCUGAGUGCUCUUGACUUGGAGCCUUACACGCGGUGGUCCGAAGCGCAGGGCAUGAUCAAAGCGAGCGAAGCCUUCCAAGGUGACGAAAAGUUCCAGUCUUUGACCAAGCUAGACAUUCUAAAAGCUUUUGAGAACCAUAUCAAGUCGCUUGAGCGUAGCUUCAACGAUGCCCGCCAGAAGGAGAAGAACCUCAAGGCCAGGCGAGAACGUCAGAACCGUGAUGGAUUUCUUAACCUCCUGAAAGACCUCAAAGCUGCCGGCAAAAUUAAGGCUGGCACAAAAUGGAUGCAGAUUGAGCCGCUGAUUGAGGACGACCCUCGGUAUGUUGCUAUGCUGGGUCAGUCCGGCUCUACGCCACUGGAUCUGUUCUGGGACAUGGUUGAGGAGGAAGAGCGGGCGCUGCGCGCAAUGAGGAACGACGUACUGGAUGUGUUGGAUGACAAGCGCUAUGAGCUUACACAGAAGACCACCUUCGAAGAGUUUCUCUCUGUGAUGCACACUGAUCGCCGUACAGCAUCCCUCGAUCGCGACUCGCUCUCACUAAUCUACGAGCGGCUGCGCGAAAAGGUCCUCCGCCGCAACGAGGAAGACAAGCAUCACGCCGAGCGGCACCAGCGCCGCGCAACCGACGCGCUGCGCUCGAAGAUCAAGCAUCUCGAGCCGCCAGUCCUGGUCGGAGACACAUGGGAGCAGGUACGUGCCCGCAUCGAGAAGUUUGAGGAAUUCCGUGCGCUCGACUCGGACGAGGCGCGCCACGCGGCGUUUGACAAACACAUGCGCCGCCUCAAGGAAAAGGAGGAAGAUCUCGAGAAGGAACGCAGCAGACGCGAGCAGCGGGACAGAGAGCGAGACCGGGACCGGGAGCGCGAUAGAGACAGAGACAGGGACUUCCGCAACGGCCACGCGGCUCGCCGCCCCCACACGCGAACCCCGGAGCCGGAUGCGUACGAAGCGGACCGCAAGAAGGCACAGGCAGACCGCGAGCGCCAGUAUCGCAAAUCCGGCACGACGGGGCUCUCGCCCCCGCCGCCGUCUCGGUACGAGCGAGACGAGCGCGACAGGUACGACAGAGGAAGUAGGCAGGUCAGUCUCAGCCACUAUGACCGCGAGCGGCGCGAGCGCGAGGCCGAGCGCGAGCGGACCUAUAUUAGCCGUGCCGACCCGCGCGACAAGGGCAGCGAGCUCGACUACGGCGACAGCAGGGCGGGCAGCAUGAGGAGGCGCAGGGAUAGCGAGGGUGAAAACAGCCCGGGCAGCAGGAGAGAUGUCAAGAGGACUAGGAGGGAUGUCGCGUCUCGUGAGCGUACCUUCUCCCCGCGCCGUCAUAGAUCCAGGACACCGAUUAUCAAGACUGAGCCGCCGAAGGAGGAGGACCGGGGCCUCCGGUCCGGCAGCGAGGAGGGAGAGAUCGAGGAGGAUUGA